GAUUUAUUUAUUCUAUGUAUAUGAGUACACUGUCGCUGUCUUCAGAUACACCAGAAGAGGGCAUCAGAUCUCAUUACAGAUGGUUGCCAUGUGGUUGCUGGGAAUUGAACUUAGGACCUCUGGAAGAGCAGUCAGUGUUCUGAACCACUGAGCCAUCUCUCCAGUUCCAACCAGUGCUCUUAACUCUCUGUCUCUUCGGCCCCCUGAAAAAGAGAGUUUUUAAAAAUGUAGUUUGGUGUAGGAGUCUCCAGAUAGUACUUGUAAUUACUUAAGGUCGGGGUACCAGUUACGUACAUUAAUGUCGUCAUGCUCACGGGUUUCUGAUUUCUGGAGAGUUUGUUAUUCCCAUCUGGCCUUGGUCGUCAAUAUAACAUCUUCCCACCCCAUCACAUCUUUCUGGGUCCCCACUAAGCAUUGCUUCCUAAGCAAGACCAAGGCAAGUCCUUCAAUCAAGUGCCUGUCCGUCAUUUGCACAUGGAGCAGCAGCCAAGCUGGACAGAUGACCUGCCACUCUGUCACUUCUCCGGCGUUGGUUCAGCUUCCAACCGUAGCUACUCUGCUGAUGGCAAGGGCACUGAGAGUCACCCUCCGGAGGACAACUGGCUCAAGUUCAGAAGUGAAAACAACUGCUUCCUGUAUGGGGUCUUCAAUGGCUAUGAUGGCAACCGCGUGACCAACUUUGUGGCGCAGAGACUCUCUGCAGAGCUCCUGCUGGGCCAGCUCAACACCGAACACACAGAUGCUGAUGUGCGACGGGUCCUGCUGCAGGCCUUCGAUGUGGUGGAGAGGAGCUUCCUGGAGUCUAUCGAUGAUGCCUUGGCUGAGAAAGCAAGCCUCCAGUCCCAGCUGCCGGAGGGUGUGCCCCAACACCAGCUGCUACCUCAGUAUCAGAAGAUCCUGGAGAGACUCAAGGCACUGGAGAAGGAGAUCUCGGGAGGGGCCAUGGCUGUUGUGGCGGUCCUUCUCAACAACAAGCUCUACGUUGCCAAUGUUGGUACGAACAGGGCCCUUCUGUGCAGAUCCACCGUGGACGGGCUACAGGUCACACAGCUGAACGUGGACCACACCGCCGAGAAUGAGGACGAGCUCUUCCGUCUCUCACAACUGGGUUUAGACGCAGGGAAGAUCAAGCAGGUGGGCGUCAUCUGUGGACAGGAGAGCACCAGGCGAAUUGGGGAUUACAAGGUCAAAUAUGGCUACACUGACAUUGACCUGCUCAGCACUGCCAAAUCCAAACCCAUCAUCGCAGAGCCCGAAAUCCACGGCGCACAGCCUCUGGAUGGCGUGACGGGCUUCCUGGUACUGAUGUCGGAGGGGCUGUACAAGGCCCUGGAGGCAGCCCAUGGGCCUGGGCAGGCCAACCAGGAGGUUGCCGCAAUGAUUGACACCGAAUUUGCCAAGCAGACCUCCCUCGAUGCAGUUGCCCAGGCUGUGGUAGACCGUGUAAAGCGUAUCCACAGUGACACCUUUGCCAGCGGUGGGGAGCGGGCCAAGUUCUGCCCACGGCAUGAAGACAUGACCCUGCUGGUGAGGAACUUUGGCUAUCCAUUAGGUGAAAUGAGCCAGCCGACACCCACCCCGGCCCCAGGGGGCCGUGUGUACCCUGUUUCUGUGCCCUACUCAAGUGCCCAGAGCACCAGCAAGACCAGUGUGACUCUGUCCCUCGUCAUGCCUUCUCAGGGCCAGAUGGUCAACGGCUCUCACAGUGCCUCCACCUUGGAUGAAGCCACUCCUACUCUCACUAACCAGAGCCCCACUCUGACCCUGCAGUCUACCAACACCCACACCCAGAGCAGCAGCUCCAGCUCGGACGGGGGCCUCUUCCGCUCCAGACCGGCUCACUCACUUCCACCUGGAGAGGAUGGCAGGGUCGAGCCCUAUGUGGACUUUGCUGAGUUUUACCGACUCUGGAGCGUGGACCAUGGCGAGCAGAGUGUGAUGACGGCACCUUAGUCUAGCCUCAGAGGGCGAGUGACAAGACAAGACAAGACAAGACAAGACAAGCUUCUUAACCUUUGCAGGUGCCGUGGAACCAGUGGGCAGUGUGUCACUGAUGUACUGCAGCCUGAGUACUGACUGCACUGCUGCUCCACACAGGAAGCUAGAGUCCAGACUACAGGCAACCUUAGGCAGGGCCAACGGGAAAGCCGCAGGUGGCUUACAAACCAUCAAGAGUGCCUCUUGACAAGUUCAAAGAAGGAAGCCAUCCUGUGGACCCCAUCUACUACAGGCCAGACAGACACUGCUCCCUCGAGGCUGCUCUACCUGCCUCAAGUUCCCCUGGAAUAGCCUGUGGCCUCUGCUUUAGCUGAGUUCCUCUGGAAUAGCUAGUGCCCUUUGCUUCUGGGUGGUUAUCCCUUUCCCAUCUUUCAGCCUAAACUCCUAGAUCCAGAGUACAGAGUAAUGGGAGUAGGUGCCUGUCAUUGGAUGUCACUGGAAAAGUCUAGGGAAGCAGAGGGGCCUGCAACAGUCACAGGGGAGCAGGACAAGGAAGGACUGGACCAGAGAGAGCUGGCCAAGGAAUGUCAGUCCUGGGCUGCAGGUCAGCCAGCUGGCAGCUGAGCUAACCCAGAGAGCUGGCUUCCCAGUGGGGUACAGAUGGCAGGACAGGCCCAAGUGCUGUAGUGUCUGCUUCUGUUAGAUCCUGCCCUGGGGUGGGGCAGGCCAAGUCAGAAGCCAGUGCCUUUCUCCCAGCUGGUACUGGGAAGCCGGUGAUAGGGGUGCUGAGUCAACAGCUUUCACUCUGAUGAGGAAGCUGAUUGGCUCUGGGUUCUGCUGAAAGAGGAGUAGAAGAUGGCUGUGAGACGGAAGAGAUUGAGUCGCCCACCCAGAAAGACCAAGGGCAUCAGAUGUGAUGGUGUGGACAUGCUGGGGAAAGAUUGUGCCUGUCAGGCUCUGACUUGGACCUGUUGACAUGUUUCCUACCAUCAGACAGGAGGUCACUACAGCUGCCUGCAGUGUGGCUGCCCCUAUGCUCAGAGGAGGAAGCAGGCUGGGUGCUCCCCCUUACCUGAGCCCUCCCAUCAGGAUUGGAGUCCAAGCUCAAAUCUGUAGCCUUGUAACUGGUAUUCUGCAACCCUUUCUACGGUGCAGCUAGUGGGCGGGUGAGUCCAGUGUCUCCUGUUGGCAAAGGCCAGUUUAGAGCAUGUCUCACUCAGACUCCAUUUCCGUAAGGAGGCUGUUUGCUCAGUGCUGAGGAGAAACCGUGGGAUGGUGGGGAGAAGAGGAAGAAGCCUUCUUGCUUCCCACUAGGAAGUCACCUUGCCCUUCAGGUGAGCAGCUUUCAGCCGAUGCACAAAGACCUGGGACAAUGGAGAGCCUCCCCUGGGGAUGUGGUGCUGUUUGGUCUCUAGAAAUAGAACCAUGUUCUUAAUGCAGUACAGUAAAGAUGUCAUGUGUCA